AUGAACCAGGCUCGUAUUCGAUCAGGCCCUAUUCCGGUGGGCAGCGACUCGGACGCGACCCAGUCAGAAAGAAAAGGCAAAUUCCGUGACAUGAGCACACUAGAUCCUCGCUACCUCGAGCUCCUUGCUGCCCAAGCGCGGGCCAAAUUUUCGGACAAGAUUGACGCUAUUGGUAAGAAAUAUGGUGCAUACGAAUACAUAGUCUCGGACGACCAGUUGGAAGUACUAGAUAUCGUUGCCCCAGAAGGUUACACCGAAUACCGCGACCGGAAGGAGAUGGACCGUUGGGCAUCGGGGGAUGUCGGUAUCGGCCGUGCCGCAUCUGCGCUGUCUAGUAGCGCAUUACUUCGCAUCGUCGAAGGCCAACUCGCCAAUGCGAAGGCGGAGUGGGGGCAGAUGCGAAAUGAUCCCCAGUAUCUUGUCAACGUCAUCAGGCAGACCGCACAUAAUUGUGUGGAAGCCCUGAUUCCGGACAGACGUACUGGAGAAAUCUUGGACCCCGAACAACUAUUAAAGACACCGCAUUUUGUCUCCAGCAAGCUACGAUACGCUGCCCACAAUCUCUUGCUCACUGUGGGAGACUGGUCCUUGAUCGUGAAUGUUCUUCGAGAUAUCGAAAAGCUUGACGAGAAAGUCGGUCGGUUUGGAGACCGUGGGAAACGGGGCUUCUUCAUGGCACAAGUCAGACAAAUUUUGGAUACCCACCAACAGUCGCUUUUCAAAGACUUUUAUCUGGCCGCUGUGACCGAUGUACCGUUCAUCCGCAAGAACGUCACGCGUGAUAUUAAUCAUCCUGGAUAUGGUGGGGCAAAGCUCUCGCACGCAAACGAUCCCGAUACCGCCAGUCUCUACGUUAUGCAGCCCUCCUUGCGCGGUGCAUUAUUCAGGAUGCAGUUCAUGGAUAAUAUAGGGAAGAGUAGCACAGAAGUUGUCAGGGAGAUCGCCCAUUAUAUGAAGUCAUCAACUGAACAAGAGAAAGAGAUCUUCACGCCCCGCAUGAACGAUGCCUGGUUUGAUCUGGUCAAGCUAUGUGACCUCAUCGCCAUGCUCGGCGAGGAAGGCGUUGAUUUCCUUUCUAUACCUCAUGACGUCAGGUACAUCAAACACGCCAAAGGUUGCGAGUUGUCGACAAAUAUAUUCGCAGAUGCCACCAUCGAGAAGCACGUCAAGUCCAUCGACUCGCUCAAUUCGGCGGUCAAGAUGAAGAAAAUCUGGGACGAGAUCGACAAGAUCUCGAUGAAACGGAAUAAGACGCCCAUCGAGAAGGUUGUAGCAUUUACAGAAAUGAAACCCUCUUGGACUCAUCGACCGCUUCCUCCCGCGCUUCCCGCACCCUCUCCAUGUCCUCCCGCUGCUGAAGAAAAACCAGACGUGAAAAUCGAAGCUGAUGCUCACGAAGUACGUGUGGAGGAGCCAGUGGCCCAACCUUCUGAGCCUUACCCAAAAGUGGACGAUACUUAUGUUCCACCACGACCGUAUACGGACCAACAACAUAUUUCCAGUACAGAGACUUCGACGCAACCAUCCACGAACCUCUCUAAAACCCACAAAGUCAAAACGAAAGGAAAGGCAAAACCAACCCCAACGGCACAGCCGACAAGUGCAAAUAAGUUAUCGACGGACAAUAGCUCGGCCACUCCCCUGUAUAUAGUGAAAGGGAAGGUUUACGAGACCCUGAAGCAACUGCUCGUCCACGCAAAUCGGCCCAUGGAUUGGAGCGAGCUCGAAUACGCUAUCACUUCAUUGGGGUUUUCUAAGGUUCCGAACUCUGGAUCAUCGAGAGCAUUCCUACCUCCUUCGGAAAAUGAUCGUGUUCUAUACGUGCAUCAACCUCACCAACCGGGAAACGCGUCGGAAGAGAUGUCUAAGGUGAAAGUGACAAGGAUUGGCAAGCAGUUGAAGGGUAUGUAUGGUUGGAGUAUGGCGUUCUUCGAAGUCAAAGAGUGA